AUGUCAGACCAGCACUUUCCAACGCGACCUGUAGAUCGAGAAAAAGCUGAACAUGAUUUAGCACAGAACCUCAGGAAAGCAACAAGCAUUGACGAAACUGCACCAAAGCAAAAACACGUUCGAAGCGCGAUUCUAUAUACCUGGGAUCAUCACACUUCGCAGUCGAUAUGGACUGGCCUAAAAGUCCAACCGAUAUUAGCAGACGAAGUGCAAACAUUUAAAGCUUUAAUCACAGUUCAUAAAGUCAUUCGAAAUGGUCACCCUAUUACUCUGAAAGAGGCUCAAAAUGAGAUACAUUGGCUUGAAACGUGUGCUCGUUCUGUCACCGGUGACGGGGUUAAAGGUUACGGUACUCUGAUUCGAGCUUAUGUUAGUUUUUUAUUGGCGAAAUUGAAUUAUCAUAGACUUCAUCCGGAGUUCAAUGGCAAUUUUGAUUACGAAGAAUAUGUUUCUUUGAAAGGUGUUGAUGAUCCUAAUGAGGGAUAUGAGACAAUCAACGAUUUGAUGAAUCUUCAGGAACAGAUCGAUCAAUUCCAAAAGUUGAUUUUUGCUCAAUUUCGACCUUCGUCUAAUAAUGAAUGUCGUAUCGCUGCGUUAAUACCACUAGUAGAAGAGAGCUAUGGGAUUUAUAAUUUCAUGACAAGCAUGCUUCGAGCUAUGCAUCGACGUACUGAUGCUAUUGACGCGCUCGUUCCUCUUCGAGAUAGAUACAAUGCUCAACAUUAUAAAUUAAUAAAAUUUUAUUACGAGUGUAAGAAUCUAAAAUAUCUGACGAGUCUCAUAAAUGUACCAACAUUGCCACAGGAUCCCCCUACAUUACUUGAUGGAGUUGGUGUACCUUCACUGCCUAAAAGACCUGUUCCAAAAUCGCCUGCUCCUUCUUCGAUUAAUUCUGAACCGGAUUCGGUACAAGAUUCAUGGAAAGAAAAAUUUGAGAGACAAAAACAACUUUAUGAAGAACAACAACGUCAAUUGCAACAGCAACGCGAACUUGAACUUCAGCAACAGCGUUUAUUGGAGAUUCAACGACAGAGAGAACUUGAGGAACAACAAAGGCAGCAACAAGAACGAGAACGGAUUGCCAGAGAGCAAUUGAUACAACAACAAAUACAGCGACAAGCACAAGGACGCGUUGCUGAAUUGGAACAAGAGCUGCUUGCUGCUAGAGGUGUUACAGAGAGAAACCAAAUGUUGUUAGAACAAUACGAUAGGAGGGUUAAGGCUUUAGAAAACGAGAUGAAUCAGUUAAACCUUAAUGCUCAAAAGCAACUUGCCUCCAAAGAUGACAUGAUUAAAAAUUUACAGGAUCAAAUCUUAAUGUGGAAAAACAAGUAUGAAGCUUUGGCAAAACUAUAUUCACAACUUCGCCAAGAACAUCUUGAACUUCUUAACAAAUUCAAAGCAGCACAAUUAAAAGCCAAUUCAGCACAAGAAGCUAUAGAUAAAAUGGAGAGAAUGGAACGGGACAUAAGGGCCAAAAAUUUAGAACUGGCAGAUAUGAUCCGCGAGAGGGAUCGCGCCCGGCACGAGCUUGAUCGAUUAAAGAGCAGCCAACGUGAAGAUUUAGAAAGAGUAAAGCGUGACCUGUCAUUGGCCAAUGAUCGUGCUGAAGAACUAGCUCGAUCAAAAAGCAAUGAAAUUGGAGCUAUGAUGGCAAAAUUUAAUAAAGAGAAACAAGAAUUAGAAGAUUCGAUAAGAACAAAACAAUCUUAUAUAGAUGAUUUAUUGAAUCGGGUGGAAGAAAAGCAAAAUGAGAUUGAUCGUGUUACACAAGAAAAAGAUGUCGAGAUAGCUAUUAUGCAGUCAGCUAUGGAUCAAAGUUUAUCAGCUUUGGCUAAAGAAAGACAGACAAGCACAAGUACUGAAAAAGACAUUCAAGAUAAAAUUGAGAAUUUAUUAUUGGAUCAUUUGAGAAAUCUUAAUGAUAUUCUUGACAGCAUCUUCCAAACAUCUAUUCAAAAAAUCGAUGAUAGCAUAUACGAAUUGGAAUCACCAAUGCAGGCUGGGAAUCAGAAUUCCACCCCCGAAUAUACUUUAUCAAUGAUAGAGAAAGCAACAACGCAAACAUCCGAAUUUUCAUUUACUUUCCAACAAUUUUUGAAAAAUGAUCGAACAAAAGAUCAUACAGAAGUUAUUAAAAGCGCCACCAAUUUCGCACAGUCUAUUUCGGAGGUACUUUAUAAUGCAAAAGGAGUAACACGGUUAGCAGGGGAAGAUGAUGAAAUAAGCGAAGAAAUUGUACGAACAACCAAAAUGGCAGCACAAAUGGCACAAAAAUUCCUGUUGAACGUUCAAUCAUAUAAAUUGGAUGCUUUACCUGCUAAUCAACGAUCGCAAGUUGUGUUGCAAGGUGAAAUGGAUGUCCAAGUAGCUUUACAGAAAGUAUCGAAAUUGACCGAAGGACUUUCUAAACAAAAUGUGGACGUUGCUAAAGCUACUGAUGGUGAGGUUGGCAACAUGGUUGAACAAGAAAUGUUAAACGCCGCGAAAGUUAUAGAAGAUGCAACGGCGAGAAUUCAGGCACUUAUGUCAAGACCUCGUGAUGCUGGUCUCUCUGCUACCGAAUUGCACGUGCACGAUGCAAUUCUUGAAUCCGCUCUAGCGAUCACCAAUGCAAUAGCAAACCUUAUUAAACGUGCUACGGAUUCGCAACAAGAAAUUGUAGCCGCUGGACGAGGUUCUAGUACGCACGCCGCGUUUUACAAGAAAAAUAAUCGAUGGACAGAAGGCCUUAUUUCUGCAGCUAAAGCUAUUGCCAUUGCAACCAAUCUCCUUAUAGAAACAGCUGAUGGUGUAAUUCAUGGACGAAACUCACUCGAACAGCUUAUUGUGGCUUCAAACGAAGUAGCUGCUGCGACUGCUCAACUAGUGGCUGCUUCUCGUGUCAAAGCCGACUUUAUGUCUAAAUCUCAAGAUCGUCUUGAGCUCGCUUCAAAAGCUGUAACUGAGGCAUGUAAAGCACUAGUAAAGGCAGUAAAGGCCAUCGCUGCCAAGCAGUUAGAAGCCAAAGAAGCUUCUAUCGAUUAUGCAAGGCUAGCUCCUCACGAUUUCAAGGUUAAGGAAAUGGAACAACAAGUAGAGAUUCUUAAGCUUGAAAAAGAACUGACAAAUGCUCGUAGAAAAUUAGCUGACAUGAGGAAAGUUAGCUAUCAUGCAGACGAAGAUUAA